GCUGCUACCUCUUUCUCUCCAACUGCCUUUCUUACUCCUGAUCGUUGUAAAUCUCGCUUUCGCUUUGUAUUCUGUGUAUUCUGCCCCUCGUCCCGCCACCGUCUUGCGAUGGAAAACGCUUAAUUUGACACCCGGUUCCUUUGCUCACAGCCUUGAUGCCUCAAUCAUCGUCUUCCUCAAACAAUCACGAGUCAGUACCUAAUCCGCCUUCCACACACCCAACCCGCCCUCCUCUCCGUCGUCGUGUUUCUGAACCGUCGAAAAAUUCGCUUGUCUGGCACAGUUUUUAUGAUGACGCCCAAAAGCUACUGGACCAGACGGACAACAAUUCAGCUUCAGUCAUCUCUGAGGCGAAUCCAGGGCCUGCGUCAGACGCCACGAAGACUUCAGAGACAAAAGAAAAUGACGACACCACUAAAUCCCUGUCAGCUCCAGAAUCUAACGAACGGGGUCUUCCGCCAGUUCUUGGUUCAGCAGCAGCAGCAGCUACUACCUCAUCAUCAUCAUCAACAUCAACAUCGACAUCAUCCUCCUCUUCCCUCUCCAUAACUACGACCAAUGCCCCGGGUCCACACGAGCUCUCUCACGUAGGGACCAAUUGUACAGUACGACGCCCUGUCUUUGUCGGGGCCGACGAUUGUGAACUGAAAAACGCUACCAUGUAUACUCGCGUCGAUUACCUUUCCUACGACUGGAAAGAAGACGACAUCUGGGCUAGUUGGCGCGAGGUAACCCGAAUAAAAAACGACUACGAGAACGGGAUCCGUCUCGAAAAUGCCUCUUGGCGCACGUGGGCCAAAGCUAAAAAUCACCUCAAAACUAUUUCUCCGGAAACCCUGAAUUGGCUAAAAGAGUGCGAUGUGACCUGGCUCUAUGGCCCGUUGCUCCAUUCGUCGCUGUCUCAUCCGGACUCGCUCGACCAUGUCGUGUCUUCGUCGUCUCGGACACACGCCGCCGACGUUCCCCACGAAACAGCCUCGGUGGGCGCCAAUUCUCGUAUUCCUCCCCUCGUUCCCGGCAGUCCAGGCCGGCGCUCCAAGUCGAAGGAUUGCAUGUCGCCACACCGCACCAUGAAGCCCAUACUGAAGCACAGAAGUGCCUCUGAAUUGCUCCUUACCGGCAGGAACCUGGGCUUCCGUCUGUCGCCCAAAAGCGAGUUUAGUCGCUACCAACUCCCUUCGCCCUCGUUGCCCUUUGCGCGUAUGGACAGCAGUAGUGCGAAGGACAGUGCCAACAACGAUUCUGCCUCGUCGAGCACUACUUCGAAGAACACCCGACGCAUUCACUUCAACGACUGCGUUCAGCAGUGCAUCGCUGUCGACUAUGCCGACACAGAUGCGAUCACAACCGAGGAUGAUGACGGCGGCGACGGAGACAGCGACGCUACCCGGACGUCUUCGUCCCAGGAGUACCAUGACACAGCCUUGGCUCCUCCGAGCUCCUCGUCCCCGCCGCCAAGCAGCUCCUCUCACAGCCGUCACCGGCCCAUCAUUGAGAAGUUGCCGGAUUCAACCCUCAAGGGUGUCCGCGAACCCGAGCCGUAUGGUCACUUGUCGGCGAGCGUAUUGUGGGCGAAGAACGGUGCGAAGCCGUAUGGCUACGCUGCUCGCAGUCGGUACAAUGCCGGGCGCGUCGAUGCCGAUGGAGACCGUUUCGAUUCUGAGGAGUAUAUCGAGGAGGAACCCAAGCAGGACAUGUAUGCCGAACUGAGCGGUUACGAUGACGACGAUGAUUACGCUCCUCCUCCCGGCACAUAUUCUCGACGGACGUUUCCUGUCGCCGUGCAGCCACGAAACUACUAUGAUGACCAUUAUUCGAGUAGCUUUGAUGAGUCACCUGUAAACAACUUUGAACAUUACGAUGAGGAUGAAGAAGAUGAAGACUACGACGACGACGAUGAUGACAACCAGUUCAGUGACAGUGACGAGGAAAAUGUUUUUGUUGAGGAUGUGGGUGUGGGACAAGCUACAAAAGUCCGCACUCCCAUCCGUGAAUAUGUGCAGGACUCGCCUCGUAUAGCAGCUCCCGUAGCAGUACCCGCUGCUGCUGCUGCUGCUGCAGACACUACAACAACCGCUGCCGCUCAGACGGCACCAUCAAAGUCGAAUACGGCUCCCAUCUCGUCAGCCUCUAGUAGCUCCCCAGAAACUUCUGCCUAUUCCUCCGCGCCCGUUUCCCCUACGCCCAAAGAGACUGUCGUUGCCGCGGGCAGUGUGAGUGAUAGCGACCUAGCCUGUGAGCUUCCACUGACAGACUCAGAGCAACAAAUACAGCGUCCCUCACGUACCACUUCUCCCUCUGGCGUCCAUCCAUACCCUGCUGGUGUAAGUCCAGUAAUGUCGACGACGGCGACGACACUGCAGAGUGUGUCAUCCUACGACAAUCGCUCCAACAUUGAGUCUGCCUCGACGGCGUCCGAAGACGGUCCAUCCCUUCGUCACACCCGCAAUCUUUCAGCAAGUAUCUCCGGUUGUUUGUCGGCUUCCUCCCCCGACAUCACACUCCCAAAUCGUUCUUCCUCGGUGUCGGAGCCUCCCGCAAGUCCUCCCAGCAACACAGAGACUGAUCUCUCGUCCACAAAAACAGCUGCAGAGGAUCAGUACCAGUCGGAUGGGUGGUUCUCACGGCUGUUUAAGAGCACCCUUCGCACUCUCAGCGGCUAACUGUCGCUGGUCGUCUCGAAAUUUGGCGAGAAAGUCAACAUUUGCCUGGAGAGAACGUAUAACUCCCAUUCUUAUCCCUUUCUUCUUUUUUCUUCUCCUACGCACGCCCUUUUUUAUAUUUUUGUUUUGCUGUAAUUUACGGUUUUGCAGCUUGCGAUGAGUUUACAAUCCCGCACAAAACUAUCUGCCUUCUCAGUCUUCGAACUUUCAACAUUAUUAACGAGGGAAAUGUAUUUAGCUACAGAAGGUUGUUGAAUGACAAACGUAGUGUUCUCCCACAUUAUCCACGAAUACUAUUCAAGAAUUGAAAUGAAAUUUUAUUAUUUUACCUUAGAUA